GCAAGGAUUCGACAAUCGAGGAUACUUUGGGGAAUUCGUAUAACCCGUUGUACCUUGAUAUCCUCGUCGAUUGCUCUUUCUCUUUUCCCUUACUUUAGACUUCAAGCUCUUUCCGGCGAAAUAUGUAGUGUGGCUUGACCUUUGUGGCACAGUUGUCCCUCUUCCCCUCCAAUUGUGGCUACUCAAAUACGCAAAGCUACCCGAAAUAUCCACGAUGACCUCAUCGGCCUAUAGGAAAUGAGAAGAGCUAACCGAGCACUAAUACCAAUAAAUCCUUACGCAAUCUUCAAAAUAUUCUUUUUUUCUUGCUUCCUAUAUCCUAUAACCUAUAAGCAUGGGGUACUGCUUUGAAUUUACUGAACAAUGAUCUCACGAUUCGCGAGUUCCUGCCCCAGGAACUUGCCUGGCUUGAGAACUCCAAGCUCAAUCCUUAGGUCUAGACCCAUCGUCACCCCACGUUACCAGCUAAGAUGGACCCCAGCACUGAGAGCUUGGGAAAGUACCACAACGGGGGAAGGGAAGAGUGGACAUAUCGACGCAGCCCCGAAUGAGUCUAUUCUGUGGAUCGAUAAUUUGUUUCCCCUGAAACUUUCCGGUUUGUUACGAGCGCCAUGGAGGGGUCCUGACGAAGAUCUCUCCAAAUUGAUGGAGAGAUUUGAAAGCUCGUCUCUAGGUUUACUUGAUCCAAUUAAUCUAGUCAAGCGUGCCAUUCCUGAGACAGCUCCAGUCAAGAUCACGGAAAUACUACCUCGUCUGAAGGAUGGUGGUGCAUUUGUCAAAUUCACCUAUCCAUCCAACGUAUCUGUUCAAGAGAUCGAAACAACUAUCACUAAAUCUCUAAAGGAGAAACCCGUGAAGCCAAUUUUUAGCCUUUGGAGAGGGGUUCAGGCUGGAUUGGUCCACGGUAUCCCGUGGCUAGAGGAUCUACAUAGAUUCCCUAACGAUCGACUAAGGGUUGAGUUUGUCCCCAAGGUUCCCGGUGAACAAGCAGUUGAACUAUCACAAGAGACCUUGUACAGCUUAUUCCGUAAAUAUGGUAAGAUCGCUGAGAUUAGUUCACAGCCGUGGGAUUCUAAGGUCCUUCCACGAUAUUCCUAUGUCGACUUUGCCCUAGUAAGAGAUGCCAUUAUGGCACGAAAUUGCUUGCAUGGCUUCAUCGUACCGGAAAAUCUUGGUGGAGGCAAGCUAGGGACAAAGCUUCAGAUGUCUUAUGAACAGCGGACAAAGCCACAUCGGUUCUGGGAGUGGAUAUCAAGCCACCCGAGAAUUGUUAUUCCUGUUGUAGUUGCACUACUGACUGGUCUCACCGUUAUCAUAUUCGAUCCAAUCCGAUCAUUCUUCGUCAAAGCUCACGUCACUCAAAAAUACCGCCUCAGCAACAGCAGAGUGUACAGAUGGCUUCGACAACGAACAUUUGACAUCUUGAGUCUCAAAAAGGAGAAAGCAGAUCAGGCAGGGUUGAAUGCACUUUGGACUCACCGGAAAGACUUGAUCGAUGAGAUCCAGAAAUGGCUCUUGGAAACCACUGGGACCUUCAUUGUCGUCCAAGGACCUCGCGGUUCUGGCAAGGAAGAACUAGUGCUAGAUCAAGCUUUGAAGGGAAGAAGCAAUGUCCUUGUCAUCGAUUGUAAGAAAAUCGUAGAAGCUAGGGGCGAAUCAGCAACGAUCAAGAACAUGGCUGCCUCCGUUGGUUACCGUCCUAUCUUCUCCUGGGCGAAUAAUGUUAGCAGCAUGGUCGAACUAGCUGUACAGAGUACGACUGGUGUAAAAGCCGGUUUCUCCGAGACCUUGGAAUCGCAAAUCCAGAAGAUCCUACAGACAACUGCCAGCGCCCUUACAGAAAUCGGUGUUUCCAACCGCAGCAAGAAUGAUUCGGAUGCUUCACUCGCUGUUGACGCUUACCUCGAAGCACAUGCCGAGAGAAGACCUAUCGUCGUGAUCGACAACUUCCUCCACAAAGGCGACGCUAACACCAUCGUCUACGAAAAGAUUGCCGAAUGGGCCGCUGCUCUCGUCCAGUCUAACAUCGCCCACGUCAUAUUCCUAACCAACGACACCUCUUACUCGAAGUCCCUCUCUAAGUUCCUACCCGACCGCAUCUUCCGCCAGGCUGCCCUCGGUGAUCUCUCCCCUGACGUCUCCAAACGCUUCAUCUUAAGCCACAUCAACAACGACGACGACCAGCCUAAAAAGGAAGACACAAACGAACCCACCGAAAAGUCACCUCUAAUCCAACCCGACCUAACCGACCUCGACGCCAGCAUCGACAUCCUCGGCGGCCGCCUAACAGACCUCGAAUCCCUAGCCCGUCGUCUAAAAGCCGGUCAAAGCCCCAAACAAGCCGUCGCAGAAAUAACCGAGCAAUCCGCGUCCGAGAUCCUCAAGAUGUUCCUGCUCCCCGGCAAAGCCACCCACGACGGCGAGCACGCCUGGUCCGUAGAACAAGCCUGGCACCUCGUGAAAUCGCUCUCCGCCACCACCGCCAGCGACGGCCUCCGGUACAACGAAGUCCUGCUGCACAACACCUUCGCGUCCUCGACCACGGCCCCCGACGGCGAGUCCGCGCUCGAAGGUCUCGCGAACGCGGAACUCAUCACCGUGCGCAGCGCGAACGGACGCCCGGGGUGCAUCAUGCCCGGGAAACCCGUGUACCAAGCCGCGUUCCGGCAGCUAGUGCAGGACAAGGCGCUGGCCGCGAAGAUGGAUCUUGCAGUUUUGACCGAGCUCGUGAAGGUUGAGAGCAAGACGAUCGAUAAGGUGGAGGGGGAACUGGCGUUAUUGGGGGCGUUGCCGAAGCAGCCGCGGGAGACGGGGCCAAGGGUGCAGUAUUUGCUGAGUAAGUUGGAGGCGGCGCAGAGACGGAUCGAGGGGUUUGAGAGGGAGAUUGGGGCGUUGAAGAAGGUUUUGGGGACGGAGUAUUAGGGUAGGUACCUAGGUCCUAGGUAGGAAGUGGGCUUGAUGGAUGGGGUUUGUAAAAAGC